UCAUCGAUCCCCUCUACCACCUGGCACUCUGAGCUCUGUGUGUCCUGGUGUGCGCUCAUUUUCAGUGCGAGUUUUUGGGUGCAUCAGAGAUUCGUAGCAUUGUUGUAGGGGUACGAUACUCGAGAGACGGCGGCCUGGAGAGCAGCGAAACAUCACUUGGAGAACUCGCGCAAGGAAAGGAAAGGAGGAGUUGACACGUUGGUACGAUGGGUCUCGGACAGAGGAAGUCCAAGGGAGGAAAGGGGGGCCACAAGACGAAGAACAAGGAGUACAAGAAAGGACACGCCACCAAGAACAGGCGAAAAGACGUGGACCAGAUCCAAGACGAGCUCAUGGUGGAAGAGGAGAAGGGAGAGGAGAUGGUCUUCGAGAUCGACGAUGAUCUCCCGGGGCAGGGACAAUUCUACUGCACACCCUGCGCGCGCCACUUCACCGACCUACAAACGAAGUCCACGCACAUCAGGUCCAAGCUGCACAAGCGGAGGAUGAAAGACGUAGCUCAGGAGCAGUACACACAGGCGGAGGCAGAGCGCGGAGCCGGUAUGACGAAGGAAACGUACCCGCCAGCACAUCCAGUAACAAGCUCACCCGCCGCCGCAUCAACAGCACCACCACCGGACUCGCGGGCAGGGGGAGCAGAGGCUACAGGGAAGGCGGGAGCGGGCGUGGCAACAACAACAGGAGCGUCGGGCAUGGAUGUCACGGGCGGGGGAGAGGAUGAGGAUGACCCAGAUCUUUGAUCUUUGAUUGCCAUCAUCCGUGUCUGUAUGUGUCUGGUUGAUAUGUUCCUUUUUUGGUUUGGGCAGAGAUACGGUACUACGACAAGAGGCUGGCGUAACUGGUAUGUCUCUGUGGGCACGCACAUGUAGGGUAGGCGAGGGGCGGGGGUCGUUGGGGAUCGUUAGAACUUACUAUCUUCGGUCGGGAAGAUCGUUGGCACCGAUCGUUGGGGAUCGUUGCAGCAGUUAAAGGUGAGCAAGGGGAUCGUGCUGCCUGCUCAGAUUAAGAGGAAUUCCUAUACCACAGCAGCAGGAGGCAUUGUUGUAGGUAUGGGACGAAAUGUUUUUCUUCGCUGUGAUGUGUGAUGAUGUGUGAUGUCCCCUGUAACCACCUUGGUCAGCCCUAUCUUGGCUCUCUAAUGUAGCUCCGGGAACUCAUGUGUUUGUCAAGGCAUGGGAUCCAGUAUGUGUUUGACUUUAAUAGGGCUGCAAAGCUUGCGAUGCCGACGAUCACCUUGAUGCUUUACAUGGGACGAUCGGACAUCGGCAACCCCUUAGGAUUCUUUGUAUAGACGUCUCUCGCUUGCCACCCGUUGCGGGAUUUGGCAACCUAUGCGCGUUGCUGUUUUCUAAGUUGAGAGUACGAUGGCGACUGUCCUUUCACACCUCAAGGGGCACUUGUGUAUAUCUAUUGAUAUCUGGUCUCUUGUCUCCGUUCGUAUGCAUGCUUGUCUUGUUGGGGACAUGGGUUCGUUUUCGAUGCUUGCGAGGCGACUGACCUCGUCAUCCCUAUUGGCCAAGUCGAGGAUCGAAGGCCCAGCUACGUGCUUUGUGUGCAGCAGUAGAUUGACGAGGGGGAGUAAGAAGCACGGGGCUGCUGCGGCUCUCAUGCUGAGUACAAAGGCUGCAGAGCGCGAAUAUCAAUUAGCUUCAUG